CUCAAAAGUCCAAGAGAGGUCGAUUGCACCUGCGCUCAUCCGCUCACUUGUGCGUGCUUGCCCUUGUAUACCUUUCCUCCUUUCACCGCGACCUCUGCUUCCUCGCCUCUUUCUCUUCUUAGCUUCUCAUCCAUCUUCUUCCGUCUCCAUUAGCGUUCACCAUGUCAGUCCAAAAGUUCGAUCAAUGGGUCAACAAGCAUGUUGAGCUUUGUCCUUUGAACAUGCUCAAGGAUGCCGUCAUCGGUGUCGAUGCCUCAUACUAUCUUGACCUCCGGGUCAACAACGAAGUCGAACCCCUCAAGCACGCCCUCGGCGGCCUUCCGUUUACUCUCAAGAAAGCCAUAGAAGACGAUAUUUCGUUACUCCGUCAACAUGGCGUCACUCUUGUCUUCAUAUUCGACGGUCUCGACUAUGUGAACAAGAGUGCCCCAGACUCCCUCUCAGGGGAAAGCAGAAGAGCUCAGGAAGAAGCAUGGCACGAAUAUCUGAGCGGGAACAGCAAAGGAACUGUUUCGCAUUUCUGCAAGGCUAAGUACCCGAUCGAUGUCAUGACAAGGAUGCUGCAGAAGAUACUGGUGGAAAAUAAGAUCGAGUUCAUGGUUGCACCAUACAGCGCUACAGCACAACUGGCCUAUCUUCUCAAACUAGACGAUCAGUAUAUCGAUGCUGUAAUGGGAAACACAGAGUGCUUCCUCUUUGGCAUCGACAGAGUCGUGACUGAUAUCAACCUCAACAAAUCGGCUCUCACACUGAUCAGCAAGGCCACUUGUGAAGAUCUGCUCAAGGUCACUGGCGAUAUGCUUCGUGAUGCUCAACUCCUGCUUGGAACUUCUUUCACGCCGACUUUUCCGAUUCUGGAGGCGAUGACCGGCACAAAAUCUACGGGCAUUGUGGACGCAAUCACCUUACUUAAUGGAGCAGGAAAGUCUGUGAUUCAACUCUGCAACUUCCAUCGCGAUCAUCCACAAGUCCAAGCUCUCUCCUAUGCGGAUAGGUACAAGAAAGCCAUCAUGACCAUAAGGCACCAUGUUAUUAUGGAGAAAAAUGGCGUUGUCGCUCCGCAAAAUUUUGACGAGGCGCCUGGAGAUGUCCACGAAUUUGUCGGGCAAAGACUCCCAGAAGAGCUGUUUUUCUAUAUUUCCAAAGGCCUGCUUGGCCCACAAAUACCUAAUUGGCUGACGUCUGGUGAGAUUGUGCUCAGCCUCGCUGGAGGAUCCCUAGAUUCAGAGCCUUAUCGCAGACUGAUGAUUCAACAACUCAACGCCUACCGAACUGAAGCUUUGAAGAUCCUGGCCGAAUCUCUCAACUACUAUUAUCAAUCCAGAGUCAUCAAAGUCGAAUUAUGGAUCCCUCAGGACACUAGCAGCUUGACAAUUGAGCUCAGGAAUACUCCAGCUAUGAAAGCCAAGCUGGCGGGAUGGAAGGUACGCGAGCCUGCGCUCGAAACGGUGUUUUCUAAGGGUUCGAAUCUUUUCUUGCCUUGCCUCCGUGCCCUGCAUGAUGCCCAAUUCGCCGAGAAGUCAAUUGUCAAAAGCAAGUUAGACUACCCGGCGUUUCGCUCUUUGAAUGAGGUCUUGACGAAUUCGGUGUUCCGCUUCCUCCAUGUUCGCGGAUAUGUCGAUGAUAAGCACAACCUUACCACCUGGGGCAAAGUGUUGGAAACCGCCUUAGUAGUCUCUGACGAGGAGAGCACAAUCAUCGGAGUCGAAAUGCUUAGACUGGGUCUUUUUACCUCGAAUUUUGCCACGGGAACACCCCCUUCCAAGACCGACAAGGACUACGAAAAGAAGACCUUUUCCAAUCUCAUCUCGAAAACUGCCUGCUUGGGUAGAAUCCGGCAUAAAGCUAUGGGGUUUGUGGGCCCACUGGAUAGAGAAAAACUCACUUUUGCCUGGAAGGUAACUGCAGUGCGCACAACCCUACGAGAUCUCCUAGAGACAAUUAUGACAAGCAUGUUCCUGAACGGAGAAGUAGAGCGGGAACGCUCAGAUUGGGCAGAGCUUAGCCAGAAGCUUCCCUUCAUUGAUGACCACGGCUCAGGCCUUGGCAUAGCAGUCAAGACCUAUCUCGAUGCCUUUGAGGAUGACCAAGAGAUCACGGAAGCACUGAAAAAGACGAUCAAGCAACAGGAGGGAAAGUACAACUGGUUUCACCAAUUAAAGAGUGGAGGGGGCUUGACCAAGAGUCUCGAUCAAGCCUGGAAAAUUUGGGAUGCCAUUUAUGCCGCCAGCCAAGUUCCUGGCGUCGAGGUCAAGGAAGCUAAAGUCUUCUCCGAGGCAAAUGAAUGGCUGGCCAUCCGUCGUUGAACCAGCCCCUCCGUGCGAAGGUACGCGUUCCGACAUCCUGAUCUGCGAUACCAUCAACCUCUAUUUUCAGGAGAGCGUCAUAUCUAGCUCUGCGGCUUCUCUCACCUCUCUGCUAUGACAAUUUUUGGCUACAGGUGCUGGGUAUGACGUGCCGAAGCUUUAGUGCCGAUAAGGACACUUUUGAAUACGCAACAUUCAUACUGCGUAUCCUUCCGAGAGAUCAGUCAUGACGGCAUAUUUGAACAACCUUUUCUACAUGCCAAAGACUUGCCUCGAAGGCCUAAAACGACGCAUGUGCUGCGUAUCGGUGAAUACAACAGUGGACCAUUGGCCAUCAUUCAAUGAAGGAUGGGCUGCUUCAAUAUGCCCGGCGAGGUUGACAGAUGACUUUCAUUCUCAAGACCGAUCCUCUUUACUGACAACAAUUGGUCGACCUUGUGCCCAAGGAAUUCGUGAUUGGUCUUUCGAUGGAAAGCAAGGUUCUGGAUACGGCCGUGUUCAUCUCCUUGGACACUUUAUUCGACUUAUUUUCAUUCAGUCUGACCUCCUCGAAACCACAGGCGAGUUGUUCUCGUUAAGCCUGACAAUUUCAUGACUGGGUUUUCCCCUUUUGGAAGCACUCGCCACGAAAUGCAUGACGUACUUCUUUCAGUGCUUCUCGACAAUGAAACCGGCUUCAAUGUGAUGCCGGCUACACUCACCUCACUCUCUCGCGUAUGUGCCCAUGGCAAGCUGUUUGCCAGCUCUUUGCCAUUACAUUCUGGAUUACGACCUCCUGAUGCCAGGAUGGUGUAACUUCCAACAAGAGAUCUGGAUUAAAAAGGCUUUCGUGAUUCUUUUUUGUCGCAAUAAAUGUAUCAAAGGGUUCGAGCAAGGAUCGGA